AUGGUGGCGCCCUUGACGCUCCCGCUGGGCUUCACCGAGUCCACCGUGCAGGUGCACCCCGUGGUCCUGUUUACAAUCUGCGAUGCCUACAUUCGGCGCAACCAAGGACAGAAGCGCGUGAUCGGCACCCUGCUGGGCACGGUGUCUGACGGCAUCAUUGACGUGCGGAGCUGCUACGCCGUACCCCACAGCGAGAACAACGACCAGGUGGCGCUUGACGUGCAGCACCACCAGACCAUGGCGGCGCUGCAGCAGAAGGUCAACCCGCGCGAGCAGAUCGUGGGCUGGUUCUCCACCCACGCCGAGGUGUCCGGCUCCGACGCCCUCAUCCAGUCCUUCUACGCCAACGAGUGCGCCAGCCCGGCGCUGCUCACCGUGGACACCAGCCUCCGCGACGGCGCGCUGGCCGUGCGUGCGCACGCCUCGCGCGCGCUUUCCAUCCAGGGCCGCGAGCUGGCGCGAGAGUUCCAAGAGGUGGCCUGCCGCAUCACCUCCACCGACCUGGAGCAGCUGGGCACCGACCUGCUGGCCACGGAGGAGACGAGGCUGGGGGCCCAGGAGGAGGAGGAGGAGGUGGUGGAGGCGCUGCACCGCCUGCGCGCCGCGCUCUCCACCGCUGCCGCCUACGUCGACGCCGUCGUGGCGGGCAAGACGCCCGGUAACGUGGCUGUCGGUCGGGCGCUGGCGGACGCCGUGGCAGCGGUGCCGCGCUUCCCGGCCCAUGAAUUCGAGGAGGCGCUGUCCAGCAGCCAGAACGACGUGCUGCUGACCCUCUACUUUUCUAACCUCAUACGCGCGCAUGUGGCCCUGGCAGACAAGCUGGGCACCAUGCAGCUGCCCCUCAUUUGA